AUGGACGCCUUGGCGGGGCUCUCGGCCUUUGCCGCGGUGGCGCUGCCGCUCCUCCUGCUGUACAGCGUGCACCGGUGGAGGAACCCUCGGUGCAACGGCCGGCUCCCGCCGGGGUCCAUGGGCCUCCCGCUCGUCGGCGAGACGUUCCAGUUCUUCUCCCCGGACGCCUCCUUGGACGUCCCUCGCUUCAUCCGAGACAGGCUCACGAGGUACGGCCCGAUCUUCAAGACGAGCGUGGUGGGGCACCCGGUGGUGGUGUCGGCGGACGAGGAGCUGAACCACAUGGUGUUCCAGCAGGAGGGGGAGCUGUUCCAGAGCUGGUACCCGGACUCGUUCGUGGAGAUCCUCGGCCGCGACAACGUCGGGGAGCAGAAGGGCACCAUGUUCAAGUACCUCAAGAACAUGGUGCUCAGGUUCUUCGGCCCGGAGAGCCUCAAGGAGUCCAUCCUCCGCGACGUCCAGCGCGCCGUCUGCAGCUCGCUCUGCACCUGGUCCACCCUGCCGGCCGUCGACCUCAAAGAAGCCGUCUCCACCAUGGUGUUUGAACUUUCGGCGAGCAAGCUGCUCGGCCUGGAGCCGUCGAGGUCCAAGGUUCUACGGAAGAGCUUCUUCGACUUCGUUCGAGGGCUCAUCUCCUUCCCGCUCUACCUGCCAGGAACAGCCUACUACGCAUGCAUGCAGGGACGGAUGAGUGUAAUGGAGGUGCUGCAGCAGGUGUUGGAGGAGAGGACGAGAUCAGCUGAGGCGGCCGGAGGAGGGGAAGCACGGUGCCACGGCGACUUCCUGGACUACGUCGUCCAGGAGAUCACCAAGGAGAAGCCGGUCCUGACGGAGGGAAUGGCGCUGGACCUCCUGUUUGUGCUCCUCUUCGCCAGCUUCCACACCACGUCGCUGGCCAUCACCCUGGCCGUCAAGCUCCUCACCGACAACCCUCGCGUCCUGGAGGAACUCACGGUGGAGCAUGAAACGAUUCUGAACGAGCGUGAGGCAGGCGGUGAGACUGAUGGCGACAGACUUACAUGGAAAGAGUACAAAUCCAUGACAUUCACAUCCCAGGUGAUAAACGAGACGGUCCGACUGGCCAACAUUGCGCCUGGCAUCUUCAGAAAGACACUGAAAGAUGUACAGUUCAGAGGCUACACAAUUCCAGCUGGAUGGGGAGUGAUGGUCUGCCCUCUCGCGGUGCACCUGAAUCCAGAUAUUUACCCUGACCCCCUCACCUUCAAUCCUUCAAGGUUAGGAUAA